UGGCCCAAACUUGACGCGACCUGCAAUUCGUUCCUUACUCGGUUCAGUUUUCUCACAAGUUUAAACUAUCAUCGCGAGUUUUUUAAUGCAUUUUUUUUUAUCUUACUGCGAGUUCCGAAACUGUAAGUUCCGUUCCACUCAUCGCCACAUCGCGAAUCUCCCACAGAAGAAUUAAUUAACCCUCAAACUACCGAAUCCAAUUUUUUGCGAUUUUUUGCACAGCCAUGAAAACGAAUGCUCCCGGUGACCUUUUCGUGUCCAAUAGUGACCAUUCAUCUAUCUUUUUCUCACGCAGUGCAAUCAGCAAAAUUCACGCACAUGUAUCAAUAUAAAAGCAGACAAUCCCGUGGCUAAACCAUCAGUUCUUCGAUCAGUCUCAAGAUCCUCACAUCUUCCCCAGUGUUUGUGUGUUUUACUAGUGUUCCAUCAUGCAUUUACUAUCCGUGGUCGUUAUGGUCUGCUGCUUCGUGGCCGCUGUGUUGGCGGCGCCGGCCGAAUUUUAUACCUCCCAAUUUGACAACAUCGAUAUUGAAAGCAUCUUGCGAAAUGAAAAGCUCCUCGAUAACUACUUCAAGUGCCUCAUGGACGAGGGACCCUGCACCAGCGAGGGACGCUUUCUCAAAAAUUUAUUGCCUGAUGCACUGAACACUAAAUGCGCCAAAUGCACGGACAAACAAAAGAAGAUUGCUCGUAGAGUGAUGACGUUCUACUUCGACAAGUAUCCUGCCAACGCCGCCAGGGCUAUCAAAAAGUACGACCCCGAGAACAAACUUAAGGAUGGUCUCGAAAAGGCGCUUCUUGGAGCCCGUUAAACAAGCGUUUUGGAGAAUAACCAUUUCCUGCCUGACAUGAAUAUCAGUUACCAUUUUCCUUUCGGAGGGAUGUAUAAUGUAUUUCUAUCCAACUUUCAUGAGCUCGCAUGAGUUUAAAGCCAGUCAGCAUGGUAAAUUGGUCGCAAAGCAAAUAUUUGCGAGGUAUUCCAAUUUGCUAAUAUUAAUGAGCAAAUAAUUCUUAAGGUGAUUCGAUGGACGCCAUAUUUUGUGUCGGAGCGGCAUGCGAUAAUCGCACCAAUUGGUUCCAUUUUUUCAGCUACUCGUCAUUUUUCUCCAAUUUUGAGAUCGCAAUUCUGUUGUCAAGAGA